AUGCAGAGAGACUUGGUUACAAUAGAAAGACUUAAUGAACAUGUUCGACGGAUAGAGCAGCAGAAUUCGAUCAAGUUACUGCAGAGAAUAGAAGAAUUGACAAAAACACUAAGUGAAAAAGAAGAUGAAAUUGGAACAAUUUAUGUACAGUUGAACAAUGAAGCAAAUGCGUUCGAAAAACGUAUUAUGGAAAAACAAUGUGAAGUAGAUGACGCUAGGAAAUAUUGCGAAGUUCUGGAAAAAGAAUUGCAUAAGUCGAAUAUACAAAGCCCUGAAAGUUUAAUGGAGCAAGAAAGGGUACAAGACUAUCUGCCGGAUGGGGGUUCUUUUAUGCUUAGUGUACCAAAUUAUGCCGUUCAGGUAGAGCUAGCCGAUGCUUUAGCCAAAUAUGAUCAAUCUAUGCGACAAAUUUCGACACUUGAAGAGAAAAUUUCAAUUAUGGAAGCCGAAAGUCAGUGUUUAGGUUCACUUCGACAUGAGCUGCAGGCAUUAAGGUUGCGCUAUGAAAAUUUACUGGAGGCACAUGGUGAGAAAAUUGAACGGAUUGAAGAGCUUGAGUUAGAUUUAGCAGAUGUCAAGAAACUAUUAAAGGACCAGGUAACAUCGAAAUUCUAUUUUGAAUUAGUAUCUCGUGCACUGAGACGAGACCAACAGGGAAUCGUUUCAAGCGCUCAGGGAAGACCAACAGGGAAUCGUUUCGAGUGCUCUAACACGUUUUUGUUUGGUAAAUUUGGUGGUAAAAUACAAAUAUAUACGACGAGCAAUUCCCACCACGACAAGUAUAUGUCUGAAGAUAGCAGAAAUUCGCGAAAGUUACGUGUGAGAGGACGAGCUCAAGAGGGAAACAAUGGUUUCACUCGUGGAAGGACUAAAGACAUCGAUAUCAGUACUACAACGAGUGAUACACCAAUUGAAUCAGGUGGCGCCGGAAAAAGAACUAGAAGAAAAUCAUUUCCUGAUGCUCAAGAUUUACGAAAGCAAUCUGAAAUUGGAGAAGGAUGUUGCGAACCCGAACAACCCGCACGUUCAAGCAAGCGCUUAAAAAAAUCAGGUUUCGAUUCUGCUCGCUUACUAGUUCCAAGUGAUGAACUUUCGAAGUCACAGAUGCAUGAAGGAAAAGUUGGGCAUAAUUGCGAAGAUGAUGCAGUAGAUGUUGUCAGCAAUAAUGAUGAUCCAUUGACAGAACUUGAUGUCGAGUCGUCUGGUAAAAAAGCAACAAGUGGAUUUGAAAAUCGUCGGAAGGAUGAAUUAGGAGAAAGUUAUCAGCAAUAUAUUUUGAAUCAAGCUCAGAAAGGUAUUUCGCCAACAAGACGUGAUAUAUUCAUCGAUGAUGAUAUCCGUUAUGGGUACGAUGGGUCAAGUGGCAGUGGCAUUUCGAGUAUGUUACGGUUGGAUCGAAAGCCUGUACCGGCGACUGCACCUUUACUGACAACUGAACGAACACAUGUCCGAGUUGCAAAACGCAAAAAUGAUGAGGCGGCUAAACACAGAGAAAGAAGAUUACAGGAACGAGAAUUGCUUCAGAAAGAUGGGCGAGGCAGGAGUGCAAGAGUCAAUCGGUACUAUUACGAAGAAGAAAAGCCGAUGCUGGAUGAUGUCGAUGAUGUAAUGUAUGCCGAGAUUGGUCUUGGCGACAAUGAUUUUAUUGAAACUAGCUUCGAGGAAGAGGAACUAAUAUAUGCAGCUGACAGUGACCUUGUGGCUGCGAGCGCUACUGAAGAAGGAGGUAAUUGCGAUAAUGCGAUGCCUACGGAGUGCAUGCGAAGCGAAUCUAUCCAGGAAACGCAGGAAGAAGAUCGUACUCUACCAAAGCAAGAGGAUAUGAUCGAGCAGGUCAAUGAUGAUGUCGAAUCCAAUGAUGAUGAAGCGCCACCAGAACUAGAACCUCAAAGUCCUACUCUGCAGAAGGUGGUACGGCGUCCAAGUGCGAAUAAACAUGAUGACGCAACGAAUUUUGGUGACGGUGAGAUGCAAGUUAUCUGUGUUCAAACACCAAACGGAACGGAACAAUUCAUACAGCUUGCUCCUGGACAAACUCUUAGCGACGAUAACGCGUUGUUCAUGAGCGAAAGUGAUAAUGUUGAAGCGAACGUACGUCACGAUCUUCGAGCAGUUGAAUUUAGUUUCUUGGAUUCAAAAAAUAUUUGUUGUGGUUUAUGUGGUGAAAUUGUUCUGUAUGAUUUGUUGCUGAGUUCACAUAUUCCACAGCAUCAUCCCGAGGUGCUAGAAGAAGGCGUAACGGCAUUCGAAGAUGUUCCAUAUGAAACUUGGUUAAGAGAAAAGUUAAGCGAAGAGAAGCGACGCAUGGAGAAUAGUGUGUGUAAUAUUUAUGAUGAUCUUUCAUCUAGUCAUAAUUCCAGUCGUAUUUAUCGAAGCGUUUCUACGAUUCGCGUCAAUCCAAACGAAAUGUCGCUAAAUCAGCUAAUAACAGCACUACGGAAAAAAAUGUUCGAAAAGCUGGGUCGCGCUGUGCCCGUAACUUUGGUAGAUAAGCAACAUGCACGUUGUGGUAUUUGCAAUGCGGUAGUAUCGCUUAAUCGUAAAUUUGAAGUUGUUCAUCUAGUUCGACAUUUCAAUGCAUGGCAUCCAUCUGUUCAUCAGUGUGCGGGAAAGUGGAAACUGAAGAAGCCGCAACCAGGACUCGGAAAACCUUUAUCAAUUCAAGAUUUUGCUGUCAUCGAUACAUCGCUUGAUCGUGGAGCUAAUUUACAGUGUAUUUGGUGUGGAAUGUUUAUGGCAGCCGAAGCACUCGCUAUGCAUUUCUCGGAAGUUCAUCCGGAAGAAGUUGAAGUGCCAAAAUGUAAUCUUUGUUUGCAGGAACUUGUUAUUAAUGCUCGUUUGCUAGAGAAAUAUGGCGAUGAAUUUGAUGUUUCAAUGCCGGAUGAACAUCGCAUUAGAUGUGGGAAAUAUGGUACGAUGCAUACAUCAGAAGCUCGUUUAAAUGCUGCGAUAGAGAAGCGACUUAAACUCUGUGAAGAAGGGAAAAAUGCGAACGACAUCGAGGAUGAUGAAAUGGACGAAGAAAGAGCUACGAGUUAUGUUAACAGUCGAAUGACAUUUGGUCGGCGAAGUAAACCAAAACGGCAGUUUAUAAUGCCCGCUUUGCGACAAGCAGCGCCGGUGAAUAGCCGAUAUGUAGAAGCAGUAAAUGAUUGUCACUGGAAAUGUAAAAUGUGUAAUGGCGAUAUCUUAGCAGCAGUGAUAAGUGCUGGCGCAAUACGUCAUUUUCGAACUGAGCAUCCACACCAUCUUCACAACAUGCAGUAUGAAUUAUGCAGGACAAGAUUGGAAAGGAUUUCUGACGGAUGCAUGGAAUUCAUCAAUCCACAGUUGAUUGAAUGCCUAGUGUGCAACAUGACAUAUAUGCUGCAUCGACCGUUUAAUAUGUGCCGAGCUAUUCGUCAUCUUCGAUCCAAGCAUCCGGAUUUAAUGCCUGAAUUUGCUUCUACUGCGGAUGCGGGUAAUAAUUUGCAACGCAACCGAAUGGUACGAGGCCAGGAGCUUUCUGAAGGCAUGAUCACUGAUCCAGCCACAAUUGCGACGCUUAAAGCGCAAUAUGGUGUCGACUUCAAAAAAGUACAGGCAUUGAAAGGUGCAAAUGGUGAACCGGUUUACGUACUGCUAGAUGAAGGUGAUGAGAUAGAUCCGGAGACUGCUAGUCAACUUGCUGCUUCUGUUGCAGCAGGAGAUUUUGAUCGAGCUAAACCAGAAAUACGGCAUACAAAAUCUACGACUGGUCCUGCCGCUGGUGCAACUGCUACUACUGUCGAUAUCAGUGACAGAAAUGCUGUUUCUGCUAGACCUACUUCGGAAAAAAUUCCGCGAGGGCAGCAACAGAAACAAGUCAAAUCUGGCCCAACAAAAAAUAUUGGAAGUUCAAAUUUUGAAAUUGGACCUGUGAAUAAGAAAUUAGAUGAGCCAACAGAGCCGUUUAUUAUUGCUUCGGAUUAA